AUGCAGCUGAUCGUGAAGACAUUGGGUGGUGACGUGGCACGAGCCGAGGCGCAGGAGUACGGACGGAUGGAUAUCGUGGCGGAUUGCGAUUCGGCGCUCUUUGGCGGGAGCGACGCGGGAGGCGAGGAACCUGAGAAGAAGAAGGCGAAGAAUGAAUCGCGACAGACCGUGUGGAUGAGCCACGGCGACGAGGCGACGAAGCUUCCAGAGGGGUUCAGAGUGGUGGCGCGCAGCGAUCAGGGCACGGUGGUGGCAAUUGAGUGCACGACACGCAAGAUAUUCGGCCUGCAAUACCACCCUGAGGUGACCCACACCCCCAGGGGCAUGGAGACGCUUCGCCGCGUAGUCUUUGACAUUGGAGGCGCGCACGCUGAUUGGCAGAUGCAGGAGGUGCUAGAUGAGGCGAUCUCAGCCGUCCAAGCGGCAGUGGGCCCAGUGAAGCAUGCGGUGUGCGCGCUGUCGGGCGGCGUUGACUCGACUGUAGCGGCGACGCUGGUGCACCGCGCGAUUGGGGACCGCCUGCACUGCAUUUUCGUGGAUAACGGACUGCUGCGGUUCCAGGAGCAGCAGCGCGUGAUGGCGAUGUUUGAGGCGGACCUGCACCUGCCAGUCACCUGUGUGGAUGCAUCUGACCGCUUCCUCUCCAAGCUCAGGGGCGUCACAGAUCCCGAGAAAAAGAGGCGCAUCAUCGGGGCGGAGUUCAUUGGCGUUUUUGAUGAUUUUGCGAGUGAACUGGAGGCGAAGCUGGGGCACCGACCAGAGUGCCUAGUGCAAGGUGGGUGGACCACAUUUGAGCUUUGUCGGGUUUGCAGCAAGACGGAGAGAGGGAGGGAGAGGAAGAGGCGCAACAAUGGGGCGGAGUUCAUUGGAGUAUUUGACGACUUUGCCAGUGAACUGGAGGCGAAGUUGGGGCACCGGCCCGAGUGCCUGGUGCAAGGUGGGUUAGCUGCUGGCUCAGGAUGGUGUGAUUCGCUUGGGUUGAAGCAAGGGGAGAGACAAGGAGGGGACGUGGCGCUUGUUCUCCUCUUCAAGCUCAGGGGCGUCAUGGAUCCCAAGAGGAGGGAGGGAGGCGCAUCAUCGGGGCGGAGUUCGUUGGAGUGUACACUUUAUCCGGACGUGAUUGAGUCGUGCCCGCCGCCUGGCAGUGGGAAGAAGCACUCGCACACCAUUAAGAGCCACCACAACGUGGGUGGUUUACCCGAGAAUAUGCGCUUUACCCUCGUGGAGCCCCUCAAAUGGCUGUUCAAGGACGAGGUCGAGGUGAAGGAGAGGAGGAGAGCAAAAAGGGGGGCGGGAGGGGAGGAGUGGAGUGGGUGGUGCGCAAGAUUGGAGCUCUCCUCAACGUCCCCGCCUCCUUCCUCUCCCUCCCCUCGUUUCCCCCCUCCUCGUCUCCCUGCUUUCCUCACUUCCUCCUCUCCCCCCUCCCUCCCCUCCUCCCUCUCCCCCUUCGCCCCCUCCCAGGUUCGCAAGAUAGGAGCUCUCCUCAACGUCCCUGCCUCCUUCCUCUCCCGCCAUCCCUUCCCUCUCCUCCCCCAGAUUCCAGAAUACAAGAAAAUGACUCUCUUUCGCCUCGUCUCUUUCUCUCCCGACUUCUCCCCCCCUCUCGGCCCCUCCCAGGUGCGCAAGAUAGGAGCUCUCCUCAACGUCCCUGCCUCCUUCCUCUCCCGCCAUCCCUUCCCUCUUCUCCCCCAGAUUCCAUUAUACAAGCAAAUGACUCUCUUUCGCCUCUUCUCUUUCUCUCCCGACUUCUCCCCCUCUCGCCCCCUCUCAGGUGCGCAAUAUUGGAGCUCUCCUCAACGUCCCCCGCUUCCUUCCUCUCCCGCCAUCCCUUCCCCGGACCUGGCCUUGCGGUUCGGGUGCUGGGGGACGUGUGUGCCGAUGGGGCGCUCGACACUAUUCGCCAGGUACGGGCUGGGCUCUGCUGCAGUUUACCUGAUUGGGUUGCAUCUGCUCUGGUGCAUUCAACCUUGCAGUUCGGGUGCUGGGGGAAGUGUGUGCAGAUGGGGCACUCGACACCAUUCGCCAGGUGCUUUCAAUUUUGCGGUUCGGGUGGUGGGGGACGUGUGUGCAGAGGGGGCGCUGGACACCAUUUGCCUGUGCAGCUGCCAAAAGGGACUCCUUGCCCAUGCGAUUCAGUGUUUUCAAAACGCACACCAAAGAGACGCACUCAGUGCCCCCCUCAUGCCUGUUCUUCUACUGCCACAUCUCCAUCUCUCACCCCUCUCGUCUGCUCGUCCCGCUGCUCCCCUCGUCCCGCUUGCCCUUCCCUCAUCUUUCUCCUCGUCCAGGCCUGUACGACCAGAUCUGGCAGGCGUUCAUUCUUCCCCCGUCUUUCCUCCCUGCUCCCCAUGUUCCCCUGGUUCUGUUCCCCUGGCCCAUUCUGAGCAUCAGGUGGAUGAGAUUUUCAUCAAUUCAAUCAAGGAGGCUGGGCUGUACGACCAGAUCUGGCAGGCGUUUGCCGUCUUCUUGCCGGUGCGGUCGGUGGGAGUGCAGGGCGAUAGGCGCACCCACUCCCACGUGGUGGCUCUCAGGGCGAUCACCAGCCAAGACGGCAUGACAGCAGACUGGUGA